CCUCGUCCUCGACUCGUUGCCGAUGGGCUGUUCUCCACUUCUUCUCUGUUGCUGCCACUGCUUCCUUCUUCCAUUUUUGUUUCACGAGCUUGGAGAGUGUCUUUUAGGCAUCGAAACAAGGAAAUCAAAAGCCAUCAUCAUUCUCUGUCCCAUCCGCAUCCUUAGCUUGGUGAGGCCUUCCGAGAUCCUUUCUUCCCAAGUUGCUAGCAUUUUCUUGCUUAGCUUCUCUGGUACAUUAGCUCUUAUCUCUUCACCACUUUCAGCAGCCCAGCUCUGUCUUUUGGGUAUGACUUCCUUUUCUUUUUCGAUUUAGAAUUUCAAAUUCUUAGGGUUUGACCAGUGACAAUGGGCAUUGUGUAUGUGUUUGGCAAUGGGUGAUUUUUCUUUUUUUUCUAUUUCUCUGCAUUUUGCAAUUUGCAUGCAGUUUUCUCUGUAGUGGAUUUUUCUUUGCACAUUUUGCAAUUCAAUUUUCUCUUGAUGUGCUUGAUUGCAAUUCAUGAAUGAUGAAACAGUUGUGUGGCAAUGGGUGAUUGUGUGUGUGUUUAGUGGUGGCUGAUUGUUAUUCUUCCAAAUAAGGAUCUUUAUAAUUA